GACGUACGGUAGCAGGCGGCGGUCAGGUCACUGAGUGGAUGGAACCCCCGGGACCAGGUUGCAGAGUCAUCCGGUAGAAGUCAGCCAGAAAGGAGAAAGACCCCGAGGAAGGUCGUCUUUGUCUCGGGACACACUCAGCUAGAUGUGGAUUAACGCGCUCCUUUUGGCCAGUCAAAAGACUCGACAUGAACCGAGGCAGGAGUGGAGUGGAUAAUUUGAUAGAGAUGAGCCCGACUGACUCUUGUCAUGAUGAUAUAAAUGGCUACCACGGCGGCCCAGGAUCUCGACAUCGAGAAGCAGCGUGUCAUGAUGUGUGUGUGGAGACCUGUGAGUCUCUCAACACCAGCAUGGCUACGCUGGUCUCGUCUGACCACAGUGAUGAAGAUCAGAUGGACGCUCACACUUUAGAGCCCAUCAGUUCUUUGACUGGGUUCUGGAAAAAGCGGGCGCUGUUCUUCAAGUUUCGUUCGAGGAUCGAGAGACAGCAGCAGAGCAAAGACUCUGUGUUCUUCCGCGAUGGAGUGCGCAGGAUUGAUUUUGUCCUGGCCUACACUGAGGAAAAUGCGAGCAAACAGGGAAGAAAAAGGGAGCUCUUCGAGGCCAACCUACAGAAAGCCGGCUUGCAGCUGGAGACGGAACAUAAAUCUGAAUCCGAAGAUGGAAAUACCUAUUUUGUGAAGAUCCACGCUCCGUGGGAAGUGUUGGCCACCUACGCAGAUGUGCUGAAGAUCAAAGUCCCCUUCAAGGCUAGUGACAUACCAAAGAAAAAGACCAUCAAAUGCCUGGCCGACUCUUUUCGUCUUCCGGAUCACAUCAUGAAUCCCGAACCGGAUUAUUUCACCGCCACCUUCAACAAGGAUAAGUCUGACUUUUUCCUCAUCGAGGACAGAGACACGUUUUUUAACCCUUCCACUCGCAACAGGAUAGUCUACUAUAUCCUCUCCCGAUGUCCAUAUGUGGAGAAUGAAAGCAUAGAUAAAGACAAAAAGGGAAUCAAGAGGUUGCUCAACAACGGAACCUACACAGCCGCAUUUCCUCUGCACGAUUGCAGAUACUGGACAAGAUCUAAAGAUGCUAGUUGUGAAAGUGAAAGAUACAGUCUCUACCAAUACUGGGCCAAACUCUCGUGUUUCUUCAAAGAGCAACCCCUCGACCUCAUACGGAAGUAUUACGGGGAGAGGAUUGGACUAUAUUUUGCCUGGCUUGGCUUCUACACUGAGAUGUUGUUUGUUGCCGCCAUUGUAGGAACACUUUGUUUUGUGUACGGAUUGUCCACAUACAAAGAUAAUCAGUGGAGUAAGGAAAUCUGCAGUGAAGAAAUCGGAGGCAAUAUUAUCAUGUGUCCGCUCUGUGACAAGAAAUGUAGCUACUGGAAACUCAACAUAACAUGCAACGCUUCAUGGCAAUCAAAUCUAUUUGACAACGGGGGAACUUUGGUGUUUGCUGUUUUCAUGGGGAUUUGGGUCACAUUAUUCCUGGAGCUCUGGAAGAGGCGUCAGGCCCGUCUGGCGUACGAGUGGGAUCUGGUGGACUUUGAGGAGGAGCAACAACGACUGCAGAUCCGGCCCGAGUACGAGAGCAAAUGCACCAGCCGCAAGCUGAAUCCCAUCACUCAGGAAACAGAGUUUGUUCUUGAGAGGACUGCAACUGACCUAGUGGGGAAAUUAUUUCUUUGCUGGGUCGCCGUGUUAUUCUGGAUCUCUCUGACUAUUUCAUGCAUCAUUGGUGUGAUCGCCUACCGCCUGGCGGUAUACGCCGCCUUCGCCAGCUUCAUGAAGGAAAACGCUCACCUGAACAAGAUGGGCUCGGCUAUCACGCCGCAGCUGGCCACGGCUGUCACGGGCUCCUGCAUCAACUUUGUCACCAUCGUCAUCCUCAACGUCAUGUAUGAACGAGUGGCUAUUUGGAUAACUAACCUCGAAAUUCCCAAGACCCACGUGGAAUAUGAAAACAAGCUGACAGUCAAGAUGUUCCUUUUCCAGUUUGUCAACUAUUAUUCCUCCUGCUUCUACGUGGCUUUCUUUAAGGGCAAAUUCAUCGGCUAUCCUGGAGGUUAUUCAUACAUGUUUGGCCAGACGACCAAACUCAGGAACGAAGAGUGUGACCCCGGCGGCUGUUUGAUUGAGUUAACUACCCAGCUGGUUAUCGUGAUGACUGGUAGGCAAGUGUGGGGCAACAUCCAGGAGUCUCUGGUCCCGUGGUUAAUGAACUGGUGGCGCGGCAGAAAAAAUCGUUGCCAACCGGAGAGUCUGUACACCCGCUGGGAGCAAGACUACAACUUGCUGAUGUUUGGGCAGCUGGAACUCUUCUACGAGUAUCUGGAAAUGGUGAUCCAGUUUGGUUUCAUCACUCUGUUUGUGGCCUCCUUCCCAUUGGCUCCCCUGCUGGCACUCUUCAACAACAUCAUUGAGGUUAGAGUCGAUGCCUGGAAACUUACCACUCAGUUCAGACGUCCUGUGGCAUCCAAAACUCACAGCAUCGGCGCCUGGGAGGAAAUCCUGAGUGGGGUCGCUAUCCUUUCUGUUGUUACCAAUGCAUUCAUUGUGGCCUACACGUCUGAAAUGAUCCCCCGACUGGUGUAUAUGUAUGCUUACGAGCCAGGAUUUACGAUGAAAGGCUACAUCAACAACAGCCUGUCUGUGUUCAAAAUUGAAGACAUGCCACUGGACAGCAGGCCAGAAGCCGACGAGAUUCCGCCCUGGUUCAACGGCUCCAUUACAACCUGCAGGUACCCUGACUACCGCUACCCUCCUGGCCAUGUGGAUCAGUACACCCACACAUUGCAGUAUUGGCAUAUUUUUGCUGCCAAGCUGCUCUUCAUUAUCGUCAUGGAGCACGUCGUUUUUUUCGUCAAGUUCUUUUUGGCUUGGAUGAUUCCUGACGUUCCGGCCGACGUGAAGGAUCGCAUAAAGAGAGAGCGCUACCUGGUCCAGGAGUACUUGCACAAGUACGAAGUGGAGAGGCUGACGAACCGAAUCGGCGCAAACCUGGACGAUUGUACCUGUGAUGAAAUGGAUGACCCAGCUUUGCCUAGGCAUCAGGGAUUUUCUGAGAAUCUUUAUCACAGAGAAGAUGGUUCUCAUUUAGCAAAACGUUAUGGCGGUGAUGUGUAGACAUUUAAAAAUGUUGAUCACUGGUGUUGACUUUUAAAUGUCAUCAUGUAAUGCCGCACGAAUUGAGCUAGAGGUGUCCUCCUUUCUCAGCUAACCUGCUUCAAGCAUGUUGAAAACCUAGAAGACUUGAACAUAUCUGCCUCGUAUUUAUGGCCUUUGAUUCAAUGCUGUAAAAUGAUCACAUUUUGAUGCAGUUAAAAGGAAGUUAAGCCACGCCUUUCAGGACUAUUUAUUUAGCCGCUAGCUUAAAAGUACACGCCUUAAUAUAUAUAAAUAUAUAGUAGCUAUGUAUCACAUGUUGUCCUUACUUUGAUAUGCCAAUGUUUUCCCGUCAUAUGUGCAAUCGUUUGAACAACUCCGGUGUUACUUGCCAAAAAUUGAGGAAUCACUUUUUAGGCAUAAGAUGGCCAUUCGCAUAUAAAAAGCUAAAAACUUAGGCAGAAUAGGCCUACAAAACUACACUUUUUAUAUGAAGUAUCAACAUUUCUUGAAACCAAAAUCUGACAUGUGACUUGUCGUUUCAAAAAUCUGUUGCUUUUACCACUGUGAUUAAAAAGAUGGUUUGACACGGCCGGGUCAUCUAGGCUUAACAGCUGCUGUGUGUUGUGAAGUGAAAGCCACCACUGAGUGAAGAGAUCCCUUUUAAUGGGUUCAUGUUUACCAACAUGCUGGAGAUAAUGAAAAUCCCGUGACCCGCCUGCUUAACUGUGUUUUCUCCGUUACACAAAGCACGGUCACAUUCAGCUGCAUCUGUACGCAGAACGAGAGAAAUGUUUUGGAUUUUAAAUCGCACCACGCACUUGAUGAGAUGACUUAACAAGUCACAAGCAUGCCAGUCUUUCCGUUGUCAUGACAACACGUCCAGUCUUUUGAGUGUUUUUAAAACAGCAACGUUUAAUGGAGGUUGCUAAUAUGAAGGAUAUUUUAUUUUAUAAAAGGUUGUCCGUCUCAAUUGAAGUAUUUAAAUGUAUGUAAUUCGGUCCUUUGAUAAUUUUGUGCUUUUUUUUCAGUUAUUUCUCUGUGAAUUAGCAACAUGUUUUGAAGCCUGGUGUAUUUUGGCAUUUAAAAAAAAAAAAAAAAACGUUUACUGUACAUGUUCUAUCAAAUCAUUUGCUUCUGUAUUUUUUUAAGCAUUUCCCAAAUGUCCAGAAUAAAGCCCAGUUGAGCCC